AUGGUACGAAAUAGCGAAACGCCGACAAUCAAGGUCUUUUUCGAAGACGCCUAUUACACCGAUGAAGAUUUAAGAUUCUUGAGGAACGAGUUCCUGGUCGUUCCUCCGACCAAGUCCAGUGUUGUGACCGUGGAGGUCGACGCACGCAGAAACGGAAGUGGAUGGAAAGCGGCGUGGCCAUCCGAUAAAGUCACCCCCUGGAUGGCCGACGAUUGGAUGUUCGUCACAUUCAAUACGAAGACUCCCAUACGCCAAGUUCUCGCUGGGUACAUCUCCGACCAGCCGAACCCUAUCCCGAGAGAUGAGAAGAGGCGGAUUAAACCUAGAGCGAUCAUCUGUCGACCUGGAUGGGAUUCCGAUAACGACCCCGACAACGAAACAUCCGACUUGACAAACGAUCGCGUUAAAGAAUUGCUAAGGAGCUACUAUACGCUGCCGAUGCCGCUGUUGGAAGGUGAUGACAAGGGGCUAGGCUCUUCAGUCUUUCAUUAUCUGCCGCCAAGAGCUGCCGGCACUGGUACCUCUUAG